ACAAGAUGGUAUGUGGAGGCUCCGCUGUGUUUUUAGUCGGUGACUGACCCGGAUAUUAAACAGGUUGGCACUGGGAAAGCGUCAUGAACCUGGCAAGUCAGAGCGUGGAUGCAGCGGCCGGACAGCUUCUUUUCGCUAACUUCAACCAGGAUAACACAUCAUUGGCUGUUGGUAGCAAAUCUGGCUACAAGUUCUUCUCUCUCUCUUCAGUGGAUAAACUUGAGCAGAUAUAUGAAUGCACUGACACAGAGGAUGUCUGCAUUGUUGAGAGGCUAUUUUCAAGUAGUCUGGUUGCUAUCGUGAGCCUCAAAGCACCUCGAAAACUUAAAGUCUGUCAUUUUAAGAAAGGGACUGAGAUAUGCAACUACAGCUACUCCAACACAAUUCUUGCUGUGAAACUGAACCGUCAAAGACUGAUUGUUUGUCUGGAGGAAUCGCUCUACAUUCACAAUAUAAGGGAUAUGAAGGUCUUGCACACUAUUCGAGAAACACCACCCAACCCUUCAGGGCUGUGUUCGCUGUCCAUUAAUGGAGAAAAUUGCUACCUAGCAUAUCCCGGAAGUGCAUCCAUUGGUGAAGUCCAGGUGUUCGACACUGUUAAUCUGAGAGCUGCCAACAUGAUCCCUGCGCAUGACAGUCCUCUAGCAGCUUUAGCUUUUGAUGCUAGUGGGACUAAACUUGCUACAGCAUCAGAAAAGGGCACAGUAAUUCGUGUGUUUUCUAUUCCAGAGGGGCAGAAACUUUUUGAGUUUCGAAGGGGUGUCAAAAGGUGUGUGAGCAUUUGUUCGCUGGCUUUCAGCAUGGACAGCAUCUUCCUUUCUGCCUCAAGUAACACAGAGACGGUGCACAUCUUCAAGUUGGAGACAAUCAAAGAAAAACCUCCUGAAGAACCUACAAGCUGGACUGGAUAUUUUGGAAGAGUCAUCAUGGCAUCUACAAGCUAUUUACCUUCCCAAGUCACAGAGAUGUUUAACCAGGGCAGGGCAUUUGCAACUGUACGGUUACCUUUCUGUGGACACAAGAACAUCUGUGCUUUAGCUACGAUUCAGAAGAUCUCCCGUCUUCUGGUUGGGGCAGCAGAUGGUUAUUUAUACAUUUACAACUUUGAUCCCCAGGAGGGAGGGGAGUGCACUCUGAUGAAACAACACAAGCUUGAUGGGAGCAUGGAACCUUCAAGUGAAAUUCUUGAGUCUUCAUCCCACGACAGGCAAGUAGGGGCGCAGACGUAUAGCGCUACAGUGACAAAAACGUAUCCACCGCCAUCUCCAACAAGACAUGCCUAUGCUGAUGAUCUGGGCGCUGUCGGAGGAGCCAGUGAGGAAGAUGAAAUGGGCAAUCUUCGGCUAGAUGAGGAUAAUGAAAACCCACCUAUGAUUCUACAAACCGAGUGACGGGAUUUGCGUGAGCUUUUUAUUUCACAGAACUCUGACACCUCCAACUCUUGUCCCCCCUUAUUUGCUGCUAUAGACUUGAAGAAGAAAUGAGGAGCACUAAGAGAUGACAUCUGCAGUAUCUAUAGUCUCCAUUCUAGGAAGAGGAGGGGGUUAUCAACUCAAGCAAUUUUCUUUGAUUUCAGUGGCUUCUAAGUCCUUUCUGUUUUAACAGCUUUGCUUUUUGUUGCCAAAUUGUACUUGCACCUAGCGUUGCAUGGCAUCGUUUGCAAUUCACACAUAAAAAGAUACAAAACUGCUAAAGGUAUCUGACUUUGGGUCCUUCUUUUAAACAGUUGAAUGUGUGUAUAUUUCUUUCCAUGUGUAAUCUGUACCAAUCUCUGUGUACAACAUAUACAAAAUAUGACAACAGAUUUUAAAAUAAGUUUAGGAUGAGGCAUUAAGCUCAAAUUACUGUUUUCUUCGAUGUUAUGAGAAGGUAGGCCAAGUGGGGGAAACUUUCCCGUACCUUGUGUAUUCAUGAUGGACCAUUUAAUAAA